UUUGUUUUUUAUUUUUUUCCGCGGGAUUCUCCACGGAGCAGGGAAGAGGAAGCGGCUCCGGUGACAAGCUCCAGUUGCUGUGGUAUCCAGGGAGCCCCCCUCCUCCUCCUCCUCCUCCUCCUCCUCCUCCUCCCGCUGCAGGAGCUGCACGCCGGGCGUUGCUAAGGUCGCCUCCGCGGUAACAUGCACAUCCUGUUUACACCUUCAUCCCGACAACUUGGGCUCGGAUAGAGCCGCCCGUUCCCCCCGGGAAGCCCCCAGGGAAAGGGGCCGCACGGAGCAUCCCCCACCGGAGCCGCCGGAGCCGCGAGCGAGGCCGCCCCAGGAGCGCCGCGCCGGCGGCACCGUCACUGUGACAAGAUGACGAACAACGUGGCUGACCACCACCCCGGGAACUCGGUGGCCGAGGGCAACCAUGAGGGGGACUUUGGGUGCUCCAUGGUGGAGCUCAGGAACCUCAUGGAGCUGAGGAGCGCCGAGGCCGUGGCCCGGCUCAACGACUCCUAUGGUGGCGUCCAGAACGUCUGCAAGAGGUUGAAGACGUCGCCGGUCGAAGGCCUGUCCGGGAACCCCACGGACCUGGAGAAGAGGCGUCAGGUCUUCGGCCAGAACUUCAUCCCCCCAAAAAAGGCCAAGACGUUCCUGCAGCUGGUGUGGGAGGCGCUGCAGGACGUGACGCUGAUCAUCCUGGAGAUCGCUGCCAUCAUCUCCCUGGGGCUCUCCUUCUACCACCCCCCGGGAGGGGACAACGAGCUGUGCGGGCAGUCCGCGGGCGGCGUGGAGGACGAGGGCGAGGCGCAGGCGGGCUGGAUCGAGGGCGCUGCCAUCCUCUUCUCCGUCAUCAUCGUGGUGCUGGUGACGGCCUUCAACGACUGGAGCAAGGAGAAGCAGUUCCGGGGCCUCCAGAGCCGCAUCGAGCAGGAGCAGAAGUUCACGGUGAUCCGCAAGGGCCAGGUGAUCCAGAUCCCCGUGGCCGAGAUCGUGGUGGGGGACAUCGCCCAGAUCAAGUAUGGUGAUCUCCUGCCAGCGGACGGGAUCCUGAUCCAGGGCAAUGACCUGAAGAUAGACGAGAGCUCGCUGACCGGGGAGUCAGACCAGGUCAAGAAAUCGAUGGAUAAAGACCCCAUGCUGCUGUCAGGUACCCACGUGAUGGAGGGCUCGGGCAGGAUGGUGGUGACUGCCGUGGGCAUCAACUCCCAGACGGGGAUCAUCUUCACCCUCUUGGGAGCAGGAGAAGGCGACGAGGAGAAGAAAGUGAAGAAAGGUAAAAAAAGCGGAGCCCCCGAAAACCGCAACAAAGCUAAAACUCAGGAUGGUGUGGCCUUAGAGAUCCAGCCCCUGAAGAGCCAGGAGGGGGUGGAAAACGAGGAGAAGGAGAAGAAGAAGGUGAAGGUGCCCAAGAAGGAGAAGUCGGUGCUGCAGGGGAAGCUCACGCGCCUGGCGGUGCAGAUCGGGAAGGCAGGGCUGAUCAUGUCGGCCAUCACCGUCAUCAUCUUGGUGCUCUACUUCGUCAUCGACACCUUCGGGGUGCAGAAGCGGCCCUGGCUGGCCGAGUGCACCCCCAUCUACAUCCAGUACUUUGUCAAGUUCUUCAUCAUCGGCGUCACCGUGCUGGUGGUGGCCGUGCCCGAGGGGCUCCCGCUGGCCGUCACCAUCUCGCUGGCCUACUCCGUCAAGAAAAUGAUGAAGGACAACAACCUGGUGAGGCACCUGGACGCCUGCGAGACCAUGGGCAACGCCACGGCCAUCUGCUCAGACAAGACGGGCACGCUGACCAUGAACCGCAUGACGGUGGUGCAGGCCUACGUGGGGGACACGCACUACCGCCAGAUCCCCGACCCCGAGGCCAUCCUGCCCAAAAUCCUGGACCUGAUCGUGCACGGCGUGGCCAUCAACUCCGCCUACACCUCCAAAAUCCUGCCGCCGGAGAAGGAAGGGGGGCUGCCCCGGCAGGUGGGCAACAAGACCGAGUGCGCCCUGCUGGGCUUCGUGCUGGACCUGAAGCAGGACUACCAGGCCGUGCGCAACGAGGUGCCCGAGGAGAAGCUCUACAAGGUCUACACCUUCAACUCCGUGCGCAAGUCCAUGAGCACCGUGCUGAGGAGCAGCGGCGGCGGCUUCCGCAUGUACAGCAAGGGCGCCUCCGAGAUCAUCCUGCGCAAGUGCACCAAGAUCCUGGACAAGAACGGCGAGCCGCGGGUGUUCAAGGUGAAGGACAGGGACGAGAUGGUGAAGAAGGUGAUCGAGCCCAUGGCCUGCCACGGGCUCAGGACCAUCUGCCUGGCCUUCCGGGACUUCCCUGCGGACGCCGAGCCCGACUGGGACAGCGAGAACGAGAUCCUGUCCGACCUGACCUGCAUUGCCGUGGUGGGGAUCGAGGAUCCCGUGCGGCCUGAGGUGCCCGAUGCCAUCCUGAAGUGCCAGCGCGCCGGCAUCACCGUCCGCAUGGUGACAGGGGACAACAUCAACACCGCCCGGGCCAUCGCCACCAAGUGCGGCAUCCUGCUGCCCGGGGAGGACUUCCUGUGCCUGGAGGGGAAGGAGUUCAACCGGCUCAUCCGCAACGAGAAGGGAGAGGUGGAGCAGGAGCAGCUGGACAAGAUCUGGCCCAAGCUGCGGGUGCUGGCACGCUCCUCCCCUACGGACAAGCACACCCUGGUGAAAGGAAUCAUCGACAGCACCGUGGGUGACCAGAGGCAGGUGGUGGCUGUGACAGGAGACGGGACCAAUGAUGGCCCAGCCCUGAAGAAAGCAGACGUUGGGUUUGCCAUGGGCAUCGCGGGCACGGACGUGGCCAAGGAGGCCUCGGACAUCAUCCUGACGGACGACAACUUCACCAGCAUCGUCAAGGCCGUCAUGUGGGGCCGCAACGUCUAUGACAGCAUCUCCAAGUUCCUGCAGUUCCAGCUGACCGUCAACGUGGUGGCCGUCAUCGUGGCCUUCACCGGGGCCUGCAUCACCCAGGACUCUCCCCUGAAGGCCGUGCAGAUGCUGUGGGUGAACCUGAUCAUGGACACCUUCGCCUCGCUGGCGCUGGCCACGGAGCCGCCGUCGGAGUCGCUGCUGCUGCGCAAACCCUACGGCCGCAACAAGCCGCUCAUCUCCCGCACCAUGAUGAAGAACAUCCUGGGCCACGCCGUCUACCAGCUCACCAUCAUCUUCACCCUGCUCUUCGCCGGGGAGAAGUUUUUCGACAUCGACAGCGGCCGGAACGCUCCCCUGCACUCUCCCCCCACCGAGCACUACACCAUCGUCUUCAACACCUUCGUGAUGAUGCAGCUCUUCAACGAGAUCAAUGCCCGCAAGAUCCACGGCGAGAGGAACGUCUUCGAGGGCAUCUACCGCAACCCCAUCUUCUGCGCCGUGGUGCUGGGCACCUUCACCGCCCAGAUCAUCAUCGUGGAGUUUGGUGGGAAGCCCUUCAGCUGCUCCGGGCUCACCCUGAGCCAGUGGUUCUGGUGCAUUUUCAUUGGAGUGGGAGAGCUCCUGUGGGGCCAGCUGAUCUCCACCGUCCCGACGAGCCACCUGAAGUUCCUGAAGGAGGCCGGGCACGGCAUCACCAAGGAGGAGAUCCCCGAGGAGGAGCUGCCCGAGGACGUGGACGAGAUCGACCACGCGGAGAUGGAGCUGAGGCGGGGGCAGAUCCUGUGGUUCCGGGGGCUCAACAGGAUCCAGACCCAGAUCAAAGUGGUGAAUGCGUUCCGUAGCUCCCUGUACGAAGGCCUCGAGAAACCCGAAUCCAGAAGCUCCAUCCAUAACUUCAUGACUCACCCAGAGUUCAUCCUGGAGGAAGACGAGCCUCGGACACCAUUCCUUGACGGCACCGAAGACGAGCCCGAGCCUGACGGACUCCAAAAGCGAGGUGGGGGCAGCCCGGCGGGGUCGACGGCCCUGAACAGAAACAACAACGCUGUGGACAGCGAGUUCAGCUUCCCAGAGCCUGGGAGCCCCUUCCACAGCCUGGAGACAUCCGUUUGACCUUAGAACUUGGAAUUCCUCCUCCUCCUCCUCUUCCUCGUCCUCGUCCACCUCGGCCCUGUGUGAUCCCGGCAGCAGUAACUGGUCACACGCUGCGGUCACUCCGUGUCAAACUGCUCAUGCCUGUGUCAUCAUCUGGGUUGGUUUAUUUUUUUAGGGUGGGGGAAAUUAUCUGGUUUUUUCUCUUUUUUUUUUUUGUUUUAUUUUUGUUUUUUUUAUUUUUUUUUUUACCAGUCUUUAGCAGUGGGAACCAGAGUACCACCAUGCUGGGUGUUGGGAGAGAGGCUAAGCCAAACAAAAAAGCCAAAAAAAACCACAGAAUUGUGUUUCUCCACAGAACUGUGCAUCUCCAUCCCUGAUUUUUUUGUGGUACUCACCCAGGGGAAGCUGCCAGCUUCUUUCCUCUCCAAGAGUUGGGCUCCAGGCACCUGGAGCCAGGGGGUUUUCACUUUGGAAAAAUGCAUGUUCCAAGGAAAUUCAAAUUGUUGUAGUCUUACACGCCCUCAGCCCGAAGGCGGGGGGUGCACUUGUGACUUGAUUUUAUUUUUUAUUAUUUUGGUGGGGUUUGUUGGUUGUUUUUCUUUUUUUUCUCCACUCGUGGUUUUUAGAGGUUUUCUCUUCUAAUGUUGGGGUUUGCUCUUUGCUUGUGGGGUUUGCCCCCUUACCCAGUGGGAAGUGGGAUGGGGCAGUCACCGCUCCAGUGCGAAAAUUAAGGAAUAAACUAAAAAAUCCCAGCCA